GCUCUCCGACCAGAGGCUUCGGGAAGGGGAGGCCCGUCGCUCCGGCAUUCCCCAGAAAUGCUACACGCAUGAAAUGAGAAGGCUCCUCUAUCCCAGGAUUCGCAGCCAAGAGAAGGCGCGGAGAGGCCGUUCUCCUGCUUUUCUCCCGCAGCCCGCGCGGCGGUCGCUCGGCUCUCGCUUCUGGCAUGCGUCUCAUCCCUCAGGAUACUAUGUCACAGUACUCCACUAACUUCCUCCUGCUUCCCAUACCCGAGUACCCCGUGCUGGACUGUGCGCCCAACAAGAUCAUCAAGCUCGUGGUGCUGGGCGGCAGCAGCGUUGGCAAGACCGCCCUGGUUGUACGCUUUCUCACAAAAAGAUUUAUUGGGGACUACGAAGCCAACACUGGUGCUUUGUAUUCAAGGAAGUUCACCAUAGAUGGGGAACAGAUCUCCCUACAGGUGCAGGAUACACCUUUUGUUUCACUGGAGGAUGACACGGACAGCAUUUGCUGCCAAGAGCAGAUAAACCGCUCAAUCUACUGGGCAGAUGGCUUCGUGUUCGUCUACUCCAUCACAGACUACGAGAGCUACCGAGUCAUCCGGCCGCUGCACCAGCACAUCCGCAAGAUCCACCCGAAUGCCAACAUCCCCCUGCUCCUGAUGGCCAACAAAGGAGACCUCCUGCGAGCCAGGCAGGUGUCCUCCAAAGAAGGACUCCAGCUGGCCAGUGAGCUGGGGGGCACUUACUAUGAGGUGUCAGCCCGGGAGAACUGUGAGGGCGUCCACGAAGCCUUCCAGCAGCUGUGCCAGGAGGUCAGCAGGAUUAUCGGGAGCUGCAACGGAGAGAAGCGAAGGGGCCUCCACCUCGUCCGCCCCAAGUCUCCGAAUAUGCAGGACUUGAAGAGACGUUUGAAACAAGCUCUGUCUUCCAAAGGGAAAUCUGCCACUACACUUUGAUGGGACCGACAUAAAUUGUUUCCUAUAGCUCUGAGAAAAAAAGCAAGAAAAUAAGCUGGUAUUAAGGAGUAUCUCCAAAAUUCAACAGUCAGGUUGUGCAAGAGGGUCUUUCAUUCUGUCUUUGCCUCUGCCUUAAAAAAUCUCUAUUCAUUCAACAAAAGGGACUUACUGAAUGGGCUCUUUGAGGCAAGAGCUUGUCCCAGCCUAUUUCCUCUCCAGAGGGGACAUGGUCAAAUAGCUUAGGCCUAAAAUGUAGAUUUUAUUAAUAAAAACAAUGAAAUCUUACUAUUAAGAGAAAUGACUUCUCUUGGGGAUGGAAAUAUUCCCAAACAUAGGUAAUGAGUCAUGGCAAGAGGCCAGGAGAAUGACAUGAGCUAUCCUGAGCAAGCCAAGCUUUGUAAGAUCUGCUUAGUAGGCUCAAGACUGGAAAAAAAUAAAGGCAAAAAGAAAAUUAAUAGGAUACACAGUGAAAACUAAUAAUUAAAAGACAACUUUUAAGCUGUAGUUUAGAAAGGCUUCUUAGCAAUGUGGGGAGAGAUUUGUUUAUGUGGAAGCUUUAGCCCUGCAGUAUCUCUAAAGGUAGAUUUAAAACAAUCACUGUUUGCUUACAUUAUUUUUCCU